GUUAUCCUCACUGCACCUACUUUUUCCCCCUCACUCACUUUCCUGAUUUCUCAACCUCUCCCUCACUCUUGUUUGAUCCUGAUAUUUUUAUUGAAGACUAAUUUUCCCCUUUAUUAUUUGCGCUGGCGAGACUUCAAAUAUUUCCCUCCUACUCGAACUGUCUUUUCCUCUCCAUCUCCCUCCCUCUCUCUCUCCCACCCUCCCUUUCUAAUUUGCUUUUAUUACCGUUUCCUUUCAAGACAGAGUUCUCCUCUUUGGCUGAAGCAGAAAAUAUAACUUAUGACUGUUUUCACUUCAGCACAAGGCAAAGACUGCAGCUCCUGAGGACUUUUGGACGUUAACUGGACUGCUAAAGGAGGGGGCGGAGACACUCUGUCCCUCACUUCAAAACCCUCAGGCUUACACACACACAGAAGACACAGACACGACCCCGAACUCACACCAAAGGAAAGCAGGACAAAGCAGGAUCAACACUGAGCUUUUGUUUUGAACAGUUAGCAUUGAAAUGACAUCACUCCAGCUGUGGCCCCUMCUCCUCCUCCCUUUUCUACUGGUCAACUUCUCCAGCCAAUUAGACGACAACAAGAUCCCGCCCAGUCUGUGUACGGGACACGCAGGUAUCCCAGGUACUCCUGGGGUGCACGGCAGUGCUGGCCAACCAGGAAGAGAUGGGAGGGACGGGCGUGAUUCUGUUCCUGGGGAGAAGGGAGAGAAGGGAGACAGGGGAGAGACGGGCGAGUCAGGCUUUAGAGGCCUCACUGGAGAUCAGGGGAACCCUGGAGAUAAAGGAGACAGGGGGCAGUCGGGGGAGUGCGCCAUCGCUCCCAAAUCAGCCUUCAGCGCCAAGUUGUCCGAGGGCCGCACCAUGCCCGUGGCGGCGGAAGAUGCUGUGCGCUUUGACAAGGUAACGCUAAACGAGCAGGGCGACUUCAACACGGAAACAGGACGCUUCACCUGCAAAGUGCCCGGCGUCUACUACUUUGCGGUCCACGCCACCGUCUACCGGGCCAGCCUGCAGUUUGACCUGAUGAAGAACGGUCACGCGAUGGCGUCCUACUUCCAGUUCUAUGGGAACUGGCCCAAGCCAGCAUCUUUGUCCGGAGGCUCGCUGCUGCACCUCAUCCCGGGCGACCAGGUUUGGGUGCAGAUGGCGUUGGGCGAGUACAGUGGUUUCUACUCCAGCUCUAAGACUGACAGCACGUUCACUGGCUUCCUGGUGUACUCGGACUGGAAAAACUCUGCUGUCUUCGCCAAGGGCGAAGUGGUAUAGACAUUGCGGGGACCAAGUCUGGUGUUGUGGCUAGGGGGGUCCUCCCCCAGAAAAUAUUURAAAACGUCAAACUAAUUUACUGCCAUUCUACAUGAUUCAUGGCCUCUCUAGAAGGUUAUUAGAAAACUCUGGUCAUUGCAUAAACACAUUAAGCAAGGUUACAGAAAUAGCAGUAGGCUAUGGCACAUACCAUACUGAUGAGUUAUGAUGAGGAAUCAGGUGAACUGUAGUGCUUUCAGCUGUGCUUCAGGUUAGCCAUUUGACUGCUGCUGUGCAAUGGUGAAUCGCUUUAAGACUUUCUGACGGUGGCCCUACAUGUAUCAUUGUUUUUCUGCCUUUACAAACAAGGAUGGCAUAUGGGGUUUAAAUGAGACAUGUUGGCUCCUACAAUUGGCAGGAAAUGUGAACAUAAGAAGGUUAUAUGUCCUGUUGUGGUGGAGGUGUAAAGAGGAUUCAAUAAGGCAUCAUACAUGUGUGUGAGCUAUUUAGGGCUUCCAACUGUGACAUCACUGACUGAUGUCAUGAAACUUAGCCAGUACUUUGUGCAAAAAAAAUUAUUGUUAAAGAAUUCAAACUGAAGCCCUAAAAUACUUUUCACAAUCUUUUUACUUAUGUCUGUGCAACCUUCACUUAUGUCACCAAUAAAAAUGUUAACUUUCA